AUCCGACUUUAGUUUGGGUGCAGAUCAUUUGAAGCUGGAACUGACGCCUUCAAUUACCAUGACUUCUUUUCAGCUUCUGGUCUUUGCUGGACUUCUCGUAGCAGUUUCAUGCGAUAUCUGCUUCGACGAUCCACAUGAUCUAGGUUGCUUUGAAACGCAACUAAGAUGCCACGAUCGGAACCCAAACAACCCAGACGACAUCGGUACCACUUUCAAGCUUUAUACCCGUCAGAACCCUGAUCAUGGUGAGAUCCUAGAUCGUCAGAACCCUCUUACCAUCCAGGCAUCUAGCUUUGAUCCAUACCGAGAAACCAAGCUUAUCGUUCAUGGAUGGACUGAUAGUAUGUCUGGGGAUAGCUGGAUAACGAUGAAGAACACGUUCCUUCAAUCAUACGACGUGAACGUGGUGAUGGUUGACUGGUCGUCAGGAGCCAGUAAGGGAUAUUACAAGAGCAGAGCUAAUACUCGGGUCGUCGGCAGGGAGAUCGCUAAGCUCAUUGAAGCUUUCCAAGCUGCUGCCGGGGCUACCUUCGACUCCAUGCACAUCAUUGGACACAGUCUCGGGGCUCAUAUCGGGGGUUACGCCGGAGAGGCAUGCUCAGGAACGAUUGGCAGAGUAUCAGGCCUGGAUCCUGCAGGCCCAGACUUCAGUGGUGAUCUUGAUAAUACCUGUCGACUGGAUAAAACAGACGCCCUCUUCGUCGAUGUCAUGCAUACAGAUGGAGAAACCCUUUGGGGUGGUGGACUUGGAUUAAUGGACCAGCUUGGUCAUCAAGACUUCUACCCCAAUAAUGGUCAGGAAAUGCCCGGAUGUUCUAAAAUCUCCAUCAGCUGCGAUCACAGCCGAGCCGUCGAGUAUUACAUCGAGAGCAUCUCGUCUACGCGCCCAUUCUCUUCCGUGAAGAUGUCCACCAACUUUGACACCCUAAACGAGGGACUUUGGUGGUGGUGUGAUAGUGUUAUUUGCCCAGAGAUGGGGUACAAGGCGGAUCCCAGCUGUAAUGAAGGCUUGUAUUAUCUUGAAACCAACGAUGAAAGUCCUUACUGUAUGUAAGACCGUUGUCAUGGUUACA